ACUUGCUCUGCCUGAGGAUUCACCGAAAUUUCUGAUCUUUCCCACACUAGCCGGCUGUUCUAAGCAUCUAUCAGAAGCCUGCCAAACGCUUUUCAAAGCUCCCACCGCAGCUUGAACCAAACAACCCACGCAUGCUCCAAGCCAAGACCGACAAGAUGUUGUCCAUUCCCGCCACGCUCGCCAGUCUACUGACCUUCAUCUGCACCAUCUACGGCUCCCCCGUCUUCUGACCUUUCCCCCCCCAUCAACAACAGCAGCAGCAGCAGCAGCGCCGGCGGCUUCUCGGGCUACUAGAUCGUUCCCAUUCAGUGGGACCUCCCCCAUUGACCCCUCCGCCCCCGAUACCAGCACCAGAGUCACCGUCACCAGGACAGUUCAGGACAUAUCGCCCAGAUGGAAGCCUCCCAUCUCGGCUGGAACACCAGCUUUCACGCCCAGCUCGUUGGCAUGGGUAUCACCACAUCGCCCAAGGCCUCCGUCUUGACCGACGAGCCGGAGAGCUACGGAUGCCUGACUGAUAGAGUUUCCUUGACCUGGUCAAGGGAGAUUGCCCAAGGCAUUGAUUACCUCCGACGGGUGUCGGGGAUGGCAAAGGACGGGCCCGGACCGGGCAACUACGGGAGGGUGAGCUGCAAUUGGAAUGCGGCUAUUUGGUUUUGCAACGAUAACAAGUACGAGAAAGAGGUUGAGUGGAACUCGAUUGCAGAUUGA